AUGCCGCUCUUUCGGAAAGAUAAAAAGGGAUCGGAAGAACAGCUCACUAUUCGUGAUUAUUACGAAUUCAAGGAUAUCUUGGGUACCGGUGCUUUCUCCAAGGUUUUCUUGGCUGAACAAAUAUCAGAGCCUGGCUUUCUGGUUGCAAUUAAAUGUAUUGAUAAGAAAGCAUUGAAAGGUAAAGAGGAAUCGUUAGAAAAUGAAAUUAAAGUUUUACGCAAAUUACGACAUACAAAUAUAGUGCAAUUAUAUGAUACCUUUGAUGAAAAACAAUAUCUUUAUCUUGUUAUGGAACUUGUCACUGGUGGUGAACUUUUUGAUCGAAUUGUUGCAAAAGGUUCAUUUACGGAACGCGAUGCUUCAGUAUUAAUGCGUCAAGUACUUGAAGCAGCUGCAUUCAUGCAUGAAAAUGGAGUUGUUCAUAGAGAUUUGAAACCGGAAAAUUUAUUAUAUUAUGAUCAAACGGAGAAUUCUAAGAUAAUGAUUUCUGAUUUUGGUCUUUCGAAAAUUGAAGAAUCGGGUGUUAUGGCUACAGCAUGUGGUACACCAGGUUAUGUUGCACCCGAAGUAUUGCAACAGAAACCAUAUGGUAAAGCUGUUGAUAUUUGGUCUAUCGGUGUUAUAACAUAUAUUCUUUUAUGCGGUUAUCCACCAUUUUAUGAUGAAAAUGAUGCAAAUUUAUUUGCUCAAAUAAUUCGAGGUGAAUAUGAAUUUGAUUCACCGUAUUGGGAUGAAAUUUCUGAGUCAGCGAAAGAUUUUAUAUCUCAUUUAAUGUGCUGCGACCCAGAACAACGAUAUACCUCUCAUCAAGCAUUAUCACAUCCGUGGAUCAGUGGUGAUACAGCUGGUACAAAAGAUAUUCAUUGCUUGGUGGCAUCACAUUUGAAGAUAAGUUUAGCUAAACGAAACUGGAAGAAAGCAUUCAAUGCGACAACUGUAAUUCGUCAACUUCAGAUGCUUCGAUUAUCAUCAAUCGCACAAGGGGCAUCCACGUCAACAAGCAAAUAA